AGUCGCUCCAUCUCCGGGCUCACUCCGACACCCAUGAGCACGUCGUCCUCCGCAGUGAGCAAGCCCCGGAAGGCAGCGCCCAGCCAUCCCGCCAACCUCCUCACCGUCGCCCAUCGCAAGGGCUUCGCACUCCGUCACCCCGACGGCACCCCCUUCACCCGCGCCGACAUCCAGUACGACCUCCUCGCCCUCAUCUUCGACCCCGCCGCCCCCGCCGCCUUCGUCGACCCCCAUCCCACCCUCGACGGCCGCUCCGCAGGAUCACCCGUUACCUUCCGCGAUCUCUACGUCAAUGCGCUCUUCACCAGCCCUCGCACGUCGCGCGUGCUUAAAGACCGGAUGAAGGAGAGCCCCGGCUUUGCCACUGACUUUGCAAAAAUAGCCUUACUCGCCAACGUGGGGCGUAUCAACACCACCGCCUGCUUCGUCCCGGAGUCGCGUACCAACUUGCGCUCGUAUCAUCCCGUGCCCGCGCUGAUGCAGCACGACUCGGGUGGGAACCUUCAGGACGCUCCGCGGAUCAAGAAUAUACUCAAAGCCGCCAUUUCCGAAACGGAACAGCUGGCUCCUCCGAGCACCCUCGCCGACAUAGUCGCUCUUGAGAAAUCCGGCAAACAUGUCACAAGCAUCGUCAACCUCGUCUUCGUACUUGCCAACAACUCACCCUCCGUCGCCCAAUUGCACUUUACGCCUGGCACCCAAUACGAUUUUCUAGAUCUCUUCACCCCCAUCCCGCUCUCCUCCGCCUCGCGCGCGCGCGUCUUCCUCUGGCUCUGCUGGCACUACCUCCAAUCCUACCGCACGCCGAACGUGCCGAAUCCGUUCGACGACCCAGGCACGCGUGCAUGCCCGCCGCUCGCCCCGCUUUCCGCCUCGGAAGCCGCGGCCGAGAACGUUGACCCGGAGGACGAGCAACGUAUGGGUGCGGAUAUGGCGGAAAAGCGGCGGCUCUUCCGAGAAAAGGGCGAGCUGCCGGGCAAGCCUGCGCGUGGCGGUGCGGAGGAUGACGAGAGCGUGCUCGGCGACGGCGCGAGCACGGUCGACGACGGUGAGCUCGACACCGCGAGCGCAAGCAUCAGCAUCGCGAGCCGCAGCGGGAGCGUCGCUGGCGACGGUGCAGGCAAGCCUUCACGUCGGGGAGGUCGUGGCGGCGGUGCCGGGAGGGGGAGGGGUAAGCGCAAGGCGCCUGUUCCCGACGAGCCCGACGAGCAGCCGCCGCUGACGGGUUUGGAGGCGCUAUCCGCCGAGGCUGCGCGUCGGCUCAGCGCGCAGGCAUCCUCCCCGAUACCGUCUCCGCCUAAGCCGAAGCGGCAGCGCAACUCGUAUCGCGGUUUUACGCCUGAGAAUCUCGAUCUGCGCCCGAGAGGUGAGGCGGGCCCGUCGUCGAAGGGUCGCGCGACGGCGCCAACGGCCGGUAUGUCCACGCCGACGUCACAGGAUGCCCUGCCGCCAGGAGCGGUUUCGGGAUAUGCAUCCAUCUCGGGCGACGAAUAUGACGAAGAGCGGUUUUACGGUGCUCCGCCCGAGGUCGUGGCGAAGAGGGAGCCGGUGGAGCCCGUGAUGGAUGCUCAGGAUAAUGCCUACGUCGAGCGGGAACGGAAAGCACACGGGCAUUCGCAUCAUGCGCCGUCAAGGCCGGGCAUUCGGCGUCAACGGUCAUCGCGCCAAUCUCGAGGCGUGCCCGCUGUGCCGUACAACGUGCCGGUGCCGGUGCAGUAUGCGCCGCCACCUCCUCCCAGGACGAUGCUGCAACAUGCGUGGCAUAUCAUCGCGACGACCGACCCACUUGUGGACUCUGACGACGAGAGCGCAGACGAGCAUGUUCGCACCGACUACAUUCGUCGGUUGCAGAUUCUGGAUAGGUGGCGCGACAAGUUCACGCUGUAUGAUGACAGGGCUGAGCCCCCAAAUCCUGCGCCGGGCGGUAUCGAACCGCAGUGACGACAACAGCGACGACGACUGUAUCCCCAACAUCAAGGAUGAAAUUGUAUUCCAAAGUUCGAAGAUAGGACAUUGCUCUCUGCGCUUGGAUACAAAGUAAUAUUUGGCUGCGCCUCGGACAAUCGCGCCCGGCUAAUCGAGGACUUGGUAACGUUUCUGAUAUCGAUAUAUAAGUUAUUGGCUCUCUCGCAUUCGCAUUAACGUUUGGUUCUUCCAUCGCAUGUCCCAACUGCCUCCGCUCAUCCGUCCCCUUUACGGUUACAGCGUACCGCCGCCUAGUAGCAUCGCAUCAUUACAGUACAGAUCCCUUCCAGAACGAACGGCCAUCAUUGUAGCAUAGUAGUAAUUAACUAAAUAUCUCGAACGCAUAACGCGCAUCUCCC